AGGAAAAUGAUCCGAACCGCCUCGCUGACUCAGCAGCCGAACUUCAAACAGAAGUUUGUGGCUCUGCUGAAAAGGUUCAAAGUCACCGACGAGGUCCUGGACUCAGACCCGGUGGGUCGGAGUCAGGAGGCCGAGGAGGACCUGGACCUGCUCUACGACAGUCUGGAGGUUUACAACCCGAGCGACAGCGGGCCCGAACUGGACGACAACGACAGCAUCAUCAGCACGCCCAAACCCAAACUCAGGCCUUUCUUCGAGGGGAUCUCUCAGUCCAGCUCUCAGACUGAGAUCGGGAGCGUCAACAGUCAGCGGAGCCAGCAGAAGCAACAACCUGCAGCUGUGAGUUCGACGAGACGCCGUGUACUCAACUGGAUAUUAAUAACAUGAUCAUAUUUAACCCUUUAGAGCCCGCUUUAAUAUCACACACACUGGUAUCGCUCUGCUCA